CGCGGCCGUUCUCCUUCGACAGCUUUCCCGUUAGCACUCGGGGCAAGAUCUCGCGAUGCUUGCCAACUAGAGUGGCCGCCAUAUUGUGUGACACUAUUUUGAUUUGGACUCGGCUGGCUGGCUGCUGGGACGCGCAGCGAGAGGAGGAGGAGGAGGAGGAAGAGGAGGGAGGGAGGGACAGGAGCGGCUGGGAAGCCGGAGCGGCUCUGAACGAGGUCGGGAGCGGCGCCCGCAAGACAGACACCCACCUACCCGAGCCUUUCCCCCUUCCUGUGCCGCCCCAACAGCAGCGCCAGCACGGAACCUCCCUCCCUCCCUCCUCUGGUGGCGGCGGCGGGAGGCGGCGGCUCCGGACUGGCUCGGAGGUGUCCGCCUUGCCGGUUGGCGGCGGCGGCGGCAGCAGCGCCGCGCGGGCGGUAGUGGCCACGGCUGUGGGAGGCGGAGGAGGAGCCGGCGGACGAGAAGGCUGGCCAUGAAGCUUUGGGGAGAGAGAUCAGCCUGUAGACCUUCCUUCCUAUUAUCUAUGGUUCCUUAGGAGGCAGAAAGAUGGCUACUGUUCAGAGCCUACUAGUGAACCUGCUGAUUAUAUUGUUUAUGGGGUUUAAGCACAUGGUGAUGCUUUGUUACAUGAAGAAUGAUUACCCUGAAAAACCUAUGGUGCAGGAUGCUGGACAAAAUACAGCCAAGGAUCAGUGGGUGAAGAGUCUUUCCAGACCUUGAUCUGCUACCUGUCAGUUGUGCUUUGAUAUAUAAAGUAAAAUGAUGGGACAGAAGAGAUGAUUGUUCAUUCGCACUAAGGCCUGGAACUGCCUAUUGAACAAAAGUCCUAACGAGGCAACAUACGAAUGGCCCAAGGAAGCCAACAAAUUGAUUUUCAGGUUUUACAUGACCUGCGCCAAAAAUUUCCUGAGGUACCUGAAGUUGUUGUGUCCCGAUGCAUGUUACAGAAUAAUAAUAACUUGGAUGCCUGUUGUGCUGUUCUCUCUAAGGAGAGCACCAAAUAUCUCUACGGUGAAGGUGACAUUGGUUUUUCAGAUGAUUCAGGGAUUUCCAGUCUGCGAAAUCACAUGACAUCCCUUAAUUUGGAUUUGCAGUCACAGAAUGUGAUUCUCCAUGGAAGAGAAGGAAGUAGAAUGAAUGGAAGUAGGACUUUAACUCAUAGCAUUAGUGAUGGACACCUUCAAGCCAGCCAAUCCAACAGCGAACUAUUUCAUCAGGAACCACAGACAGCUCCAGUCCAAGUUCCACAGGGAUUUUUUGGCAUAUCUAAUACUGUUAGUACUUCUAAUCCAGGGCAGCAUUUUGGAUUUCACUUGGGCAGCAAAGGAACAUCUACCUUGGCUCAGCAAACACCUAGAUUCAAUCCCAUCAUGGUAACUUUAGCCCCACAUAUCCAGCCUGGUCGGAAUACUCCAACAUCUUUGCACAUACAUGGUGGACCUCCACCUACAAUAAACAGUCCACAAGGCAAUUCUAUCUAUAUUAGGCCUUAUAUCACAACUCCAAGUGGUACAGCUCGCCAGACUCAGCAAAAUCCAGGCUGGACAUCUCAAUUUAAUCCCAUGCAUUCUCAACAAAACUACCAGCCUUCACAUCCUAAUCCGUGGACAACUAUUCCUACAAGUUCCUUGCCACAUACCUCAUUGCAACAAUCAACGCAGCCAAACCAGCAAGGCCAUCAGACCUCCCAUGUCUAUAUGCCUAUAAGUUCUCCUACUACUCCACAAGCACCUACAAUUCAUUCGUCUGGUAGCUCACAGUCUUCUUCCACGCAGAGCCAAUACAAUAUUCAAAAUAUCUCAACAGGACCUCGUAAAAACCAAAUUGAAAUCAAACUUGAACCACCACAAAGAAACAAUUCAUCAAAAUUGCGUUCAACUGGCCAUCGCUCGUCAUCGAACCCCUGUUCCCUCAACAGCCAGACUUUAAGUAGAAGUCAGCCCACUGUUUACAUUGCUGCCAAUCCACCAAAUACUGAUGAAAUUAUCACACGAAGUCAGCCUAAGGUCUACAUUUCAGCCAAUGCCUCUACAGGAGAUGAACAACUUGUACGAAAUCAACCGACGCUCUUCAUAUCAACAAAUCCAGGAGUUACUGCCACGUCUAGGAAUAUGUCUGGUCAAGUAAGCAUGGGACCUGCGUUUAUUCACCACCACCCUCCCAAGAGCAGAGCAGUUGGCAGCAGUGCCACUGCCACUUCUCCACGAGUGGUGGUUACACAGCCUAACACAAAAUACACUUUUAAAAUUACUGUUUCUCCAAAUAAACCCCCUGCAGUUUCACCAGGGGUGGUGUCCCCAACUUUUGAACCUACCAAUCUUCUAAACCUUCCCGAUCACUUUGCAGAGACGGAGGGUAUCCAACACCUUACUGACCCUGUUUUAGCACAUGUCGAUAGGAUUAGUGAGGCACGGAAACUGAGUGUGGGAUCUGAUGAUGCUGCCUAUACACAAGCUUUACUAGUACACCAGAAGGCUAGGAUGGAACGACUUCAACGAGAACUUGAGAUUCAAAAGAAAAAGCUGGAUAAACUAAAAACAGAAGUCAAUGAAAUGGAGAAUAAUCUAACACGAAGGCGCCUGAAAAGAUCAAAUUCUGCUUCCCAAAUUCCUUCACUUGAAGAAAUGCAACAGUUAAGAAGUUGUAACAGACAGCUUCAAAUAGACAUAGAUUGCCUAACCAAAGAGAUUGAUCUUUUUCAAGCAAGAGGACCACACUUUAAUCCUAGUGCCAUUCAUAAUUUUUAUGACAAUAUUGGAUUUCUAGGUCCUGUAGCACCAAAGCCCAAAGAUCAAAGGUCUAUUAUCAAAACACCAAAGACUGUACCUGAUACGGAAGAAGAUGAGGGAGCUCAGUGGAAUUGUACUGCUUGUACUUUUUUAAAUCACCCAGCCUUAAAUCGUUGUGAACAGUGUGAAAUGCCCAGGCAUUUCUGAGCCAGGGAGGCUCACUUACCUUCUGUAAAUCCAACUUUUGACUAUUGUGUCAUUUCCUUGGGAUAAAUAAUCAUUUAUGCAUAGGAUUUUGUAAAAUUGAACAUGUGACAAGAUGGUUUAUUACUAAUGUUAAAUGUCAUGCUACAGAGAUAAUACCUCAGUGUUGUGCUGCAGGCAGCUGAAGUUCAUCAGCUGGACGGUAAUUGCCUGAAAGACUUGGUUGCCAGCUGCCUGAAUCGUGUACAGUAUUACCAGAACCCCAAUAAGAAUAACUCUCACCAUGUUCAAUGCUUGGGUGUUCCCCCAACCACCUUUCUCUGCAGAUGUCACUACUGAAUUUUGACAGGGGAAGGGUUUAGAUUGAUAGCUUUUUGUUGUUGUUUGUAAAGCUUUCAGUGAAACACUACGUUCAAUGAAAAGGAACAAGCUGAAAGUGUGUUAAAACUGUUUGCUGCCACAGGGCCCUUGGAUUGUGGACGAAUUUCACAAAUCAUUUCACAAAUGGUACUCUUUGCCUUGUCUUUCAGAAAAUGGCUCUGUUCUGUGAAGACAAAUCAGUACAAUCAUGUCUGAAGAUGCAAAAGAAAACUGCAUGCUUUGUCUGUACAAUACACACAGUGAAAUACCCCAAAGCUUUUCCUACUGUACAUAGCUCUAGAGCCUGCUUUAAGUGACUUUCUUUCCUUCACCUUUUAUUAUUUCUUGUACUUCUUGAUGUAUAGUGUAAUAGUCUUUGUUAACUUUCCUUUCCCCUUUAAGUGAUUACACACAAUCAUGACCCUUUUUCAAAAGCUUUUGAUCUGAGAGAAGCAGUGCCUUAAAAUACGAGCAUUAAUGAUAAACAAUGCACAGAAUAGCUCUCCACAGCCUAUUCUGUACAUUGUAAAUGCCGGUGAUCUGUGAAGACCUGCAGAUGCAGCAUGGUGAAAAUGCAGGAAAAGUUGGAAGAGUUUAUGCAUAUAGUUCACUCUGUACACUGAAUUUUACGGUGGGUGACACAGUGUAGUGUUUUUCUGGCACGACUAAACCAAAGGUAUAUUAUAUUCAACCCACCAACAGAUCAACAUCUGAAUCAUAUUGCUGGAUCUCUUGCAAACUCUUCAAGAGGUAGUUACUGGGGCAGUACAAUACAGCAGCAGUAGCAUAAAAAUAUCAGUGCUAUCCUAUCAUGGCAGCCAGUUUCUAAAGCUGACGGUGGAAAUUAGCAAUAAUCAGGACAAAUAAAAUUAUAGGCUGGAAACGAGAAAUCAAGCAGACUUGAACACUGAAGCAAUACCAAGCAUCUCUUUAUUUCCAUUGUCUCCCCCCCCCCCUUUAAAGGAAAACAUUCAGGUAAUCAAGAGCAUAUAUGAUUGAACUUAAAGUGUUUUUUAAAAAUAUGCUCUCUUGCAUACUACAAAAAUAAUGUAGUGUCUCUUACGAUGAGAGAGGAGGUAGUGCUUAAAUGUCACAAGAGACACAGUAGACUGUCACCCACUGUAAAUAUUUGCCAGUGGACAUUUUUAAUAGGAAUUUUACAAGUGAUCUAUGUGAAUACACAAAGGCCUUUGUUUUAAAGGCUUUGCAUUUUUAUAAUGUGGGAAUUAAAUGACUAUCCUAAGUAAUAAGUCAGUAGACCCAAAGCACUUGCAUUCAAUGCAUUUUGUUUAUAAAAAGAGGCCUUGUUUUUCAGCUUCAUCUGCAGUUCUAUGUGAAGAUUGACAAAUCAAUUUUUACUUAUUUUAUUAAUAAAACCUAAUUUGGAUAUCUUGAGUUGAUGGUUUUGUGAUUUAGUUGGGUAAACUGUCUUUGUAACAGAUAAGUUAUUUAUAAAAAUUAAAAAAAAUAUAUUGUAA